AAAUGAUAGAGUGUAUUUGUCUGUUCUGAGAAGCAGAUUCAAAGAAGUUAUCGAUCGUCACAACAGAGUAAUAAAAUUAGUAAAACUGACCAAUCAGACAUUCAACCUCCUAGUGAUGAUGUUCUGUCAGCUGGCAGUACCAGUUGGAGCGCUUAUCAUUGCAAACACCGACGGAAAUUUGUCAGCAAUAGAGUACGUUAACAGAGGUAUCCACAUAGCCGGAGUCUUUGAUUUAUCUGCCCUCUACAACUUCUGUGGCCAAAUCCUACUGAACGAGUCAGAUAGAUUGCGUGAGACGUUAUACUGGUGUGACUGGAUGAGUCAGCCACGAGAGAUACAACGAGCCAUCAUUACGAUGCAGACUGUUGCAAACAGACCUCUCCAUCUCACUUCAGGGAGACUCUACAACCUCAGUUUGGAGUCAUACACUAAGGUGCUGAGUGCUGUUUACAGCUACACCAAUGUUCUACAAUCACUUAGAAGUUGAAUAAUAUGCUACAACAGUACACAUGGUCACUUGCACUCUAGUAGAAGUAUGUAUCAUCUUCAUCAAC